GCUCUUUCUCCUCCCCGUCUGUGUAAGUGACACGGGGCAGUAGAGACCCAGGCAGCAAGGCAGGAGACUCUCUCCCUCUCUCUCGGUCUCCCCGACCCAAGGUCCUGUCGACGCCGCAGGUGGUCGGUCGGGAAACAGAAGUGCGUGCCGGGACGGGGAGGAUGUGAGGAUUCUUCUCUUUGUUCUCACCACCGCUGCCAGCACCCCUGCUCCCGACCAUGGGGAGGCGCUGAGGGCAGUACCAGCACAGGCAGAGUAUCACCCCCCGGCUCAGCUCUCUACGUUUGCCUCUGAAGACCCUCAAAGGUGUGGGCCCCCGUUGCCAGAUGCCAGAAGUCAGAUCGUUCCACGCUGAGGACCGCUUGCCCUCACCUUAACACAUCGCCCGAACCAGGAGGCAGGUCGGACGGAGCCCUGUGUACCUGCGAUAAAAGACACGAGGUUUGCAACACUCAACACGAGGACUUGAUACUUGUUGAAGGUUGUUCUUUUAGAAGCCACGCACCAGCCAAGCAAUGUUAAACUAGGAGGACAUCUUGCUUCUAUCUCCAUCUUGUGGACAUCUUGCUGUUGGAUACCUGCUGAAAGUUGUUCAUCAACAAGCUAAGAAACGUUGAACUAGGAGGACACUGUGCUUCUAUCUCCAUCUUUUGGACACCUUGCAGUUGGACUCGACAUCUGUUGAAGAUUCUUCCCAGACAAACCAAGCAGCGUUGAACUGGGAGGAGCCCUUGUUUCUAUCUCCAUCUUGUGGACAUCUUGCGGCUGGACUUGAUACCUGUUGAAGGUUGUUCCACAACCAGCCACACAAGGUUCAAUCACCGUUGAAGUGGGUUGGACAUCCUGCCACCUCCUGCAGGUGGAGACACCGACCGGCCAGAUGCAGUUCGAGGCAGAUGUGCGUCCGUGCAGUUACAUCACACAGGAGCCAAAGUCCGGAUGGCCUGUAGGAGGGACUGCUCCCUCCCCACCAGGCAUGUGGGAGGAGGCAGGCGGGCGAAAGGGCGGAGUGGUGGGUGUGGACGUGGAAAGGCUGUGUCUCUCACUCAACAUCUCCGGGGUCUCUGGACCAGCUCCUACGGCCUGCGAGGAGGUCGGCUCCCUGGACGAAGGCAUGGACCCCAUCGACAAACUCCCAGAGUGCGGUGAAGGGGAGAGGUCCACCAACAGCGAAACUCCACAUCAAACUCCAGCAAGUCUCCACGGCAACUGGGGAGGAAGCGAGCAGGAGGUUGUGGGGCCAACGGUCCAGAGCGGGCAGAUCGCCACACAGCUGACGACGCCGCCCAGCGCCAACUCCAAGGGCGUCCUCCUCUUCAACCGGCGUAAGAAGCGGGUCAACCAGUUUGCGCUCGGUGAACCAGCGGGCCCGGAUGGAGGGGGCAGGGAGCCCGAGGGAUGUCUAAGCCCCGAGGAGACCAGCGUGCCCUACUUCGAGCAGCAGGCAGCCAGCAUGGAGAAGGAGAAGGAAGAGGAGGUGGUGGUGGUGGUGGCGGCUAGGCCUCAGGCUGAGGAAGUGAAGGGGCCCAGCCUAACUGCCCACGCCGAGGCCUAUUUGGAGCUGCCGAGGGAGGCCCGAGGGGCGACCGAGGGCCCGAGGGGGGCCCUGCAGCCUUGGUCGGCCAAGACAGGCAUCCUGGAGCAUUCGAGACUCCGCAACGCCAGCCGGAAACCCAUGUUCACCUUCCACGAGCGGCCCAGGCUGGAGCCCAAUCCCGAGCUGCUGUCUCUGGUGCACGGAGCUGAUGGGCAGCGCAAGGCCGCAGGUGGAGGUGGAGGCGGGGGCGGGCCAGGGCAGGGUCCGGGCGACGAGCUGGGCCUGGGGGCCGAGGCCUGCAUGCUAGGUCAGCCCAAGGCCCCGGCUCCCGGACCCCCUGCUGGCGAGGAACGGCCGGCGCCAGCCUGGGCCUCGUGCCUGAGGCCUCGAGAGCUGAGGGGGGCGCCGCCGCCUCUACGCAGGCCCGGGGGCUCACCAGGUCUGUCCGAGGUACGGGGCAAAGGGGCCGAGCUGUUCGCCCGGCGCCAGACUCGCAUGGAGCGCUUCACCAUCGAGGGCCCAGCUCCUAGGCCCCCCUCGCCCACUGCCUCGCUGCCGCCCAGUUGGAAGUGCAGUAACAGUCUAGUCCUGCUCCGGGGCAGGUCCUACAAUGGCAAGGAUGAGGCUCCAGGCUUAGUCCGGGGUGGAGCAUUCAACAACAAAACCGAGGCUCCAGGCCUAGUACGAGGCAGGGCCUUCAACGGCAAGGCCGGGGCUUCGGGCCUAGUCCAAAGUACAGCCUACAGCAGUAAAGUUGAGGCUCCAGGCCUUGUACGGGGCAGGUCCUAUAACAACAAGGCCGAGGCUCCAGGCCUAGUCCGUAGCGGGUCAUAUAACGGCAAGGCCGAGGCUCCAAGCCUAGUCCCAGGCAGGUCCUACAGCAACAAGGCCGAGGCUCCAGUCCUAGUCCGGGGUGGGUCCUACAGCAACAAGGCCGAGUCUCCAGUCCUAGUCCGGGGUGGGUCCUACAGCAACAAGGCCGAGUCUCCAGUCCUAAUCCCGGGCGGGACCUAUAACGGCAAGGGUGAGGCUCCAGGCCUAGUCCGGGGCGGGUCCUACAGCAGCAAGGCUGAGGCUCCAGUCCUAAUCCCGGGCGGGACCUAUAACGGCAAGGCUGAGGCUCCAGGCCUAGUCCGCCGGCAGAUCAGCUCGACCUCCCUGGUGCUAUUGCCGCCCACCGGAGCCUCUCCCACUGGGCGCGGCUCGGCUCCCCCUCCCCCUACCGCUGCCAGGCCGCCCGGGCCCAGGAUCAACGGUGUUGCUGCGGAGACGACUCGAGGCGCCGACUCGCCCACUGCCGGAGUUGGGCGCGGAGGAACGGCCGCCCCCAGGCCCAGCUUCUCGGCGAGGAGAGCCGGACUCGAGGCCCAGGGGUGGACAUCUCCUGUGACUCCCCCGUGGAAGACCACCCUGGAACGUAGAACCAGUGGCCCCAGGACCUACAUGGACACCAUCCAGAGGGAGGCAGUGACAAGUCCCCGGUCCCCCCCAAGCCCAGUCACCCCCUCGUUCUCGCCGGGGGGGCCGGAGGUGACGGGGGGCCGCCGGCUGAAGGAUCUCCUGGCCAAGAACGUGGUGAUCGCGGCUCGUCGCAAGAAGCUCUCCGACGCCAGCGCCUCUUCUCCCGGCGUUCCCGGAGAGCCGCCGUCCCCCCUCAGCCCCCGGAGUGACUGCCUCUCCCCCUUCUCCCCUCUCUCCCCGGGAGUCUCCCCUCCGGCCGCGUACGUCCGAUCGCCGCUGAGGUUGUACCGCAGAUCGCUGACCGACUCGGAGUUCUCCCUGGGCUCGGACGAUUCCGGAGCCCGGUCUCCCAGCUACCACAACUUCUGCCCCAGGGGCUGGUGCGCGAACAGACGCAGGACCAGCGAGCAAUGACUCCCCUCUCCACCGCCAGCGGGAGGUGCAGCGGGCAGCGAGAGGCCGCAGACUGGCAUCCAUCACCAAGACCCGCCAGGCUGCAGACACCCGGCAGGUCGGGCAGCAUCUGUGGAGGAAGGAACGGAGUCUGCAGCGAGAAGCCUUCAGAAAUCGAACACUUUUUAUCUUUGAAGCUUUCGAUUGCCAGAUCCAGCUCACCCUGUCUGUGCCGACCUGCUCACACUAAUUCUACGUUAUCCCACUUGCUCAUCCACUGCCUACACACUAGGGGGCAACUUUUACAAAGGGCCAAAUUAACCUACAAACCAGCACGGGCACAUCUUUGGGACAUGGGAGGAAGCCAGAGCGCCCGGAGGAAACCCACGCGGUUGCAGAGAGAAUGUGCAAACUCCACACAGACAGUGAUAGCACCCGAGGUCAGGAUCGAACCUGGGUCUCUGGCGCCAUGAGGCAGUGGUUCUACUUGCUGCUACUCCACAUCCUGUGCUCCGUCCUGACUUGGACGCGUCUCGUCAUCCUGAAUCCCGGGAUAUCCCUCCCACCAGCGCCGUAGGAGUGACUUCACCAGAAGGACCAUAGUUGGUGACUCAUCCCGACAUCAGACAGUGGUGAAUCUGUGGAAUUCAUUGCCACAGACGGCUGUGGAGGUCGUCAAUGAGUAUUUUUGAGGCAGAGAUAGAUAGAUUCUGGGGUGUCAGAUGUUAUGGGGAGAAGGCAGGAGAGUGGGGUUAGCAGGGAAAGAUAGAUCAGCCAUGAUUGAAUGGCGGAGUGGACUUAAUGGGCUGAAUGGCCUAAUUCUGUCCCUAUCACUUAUGAACAUGACACUGGGGAACGGACAUCAGCUGGCCGCGUUCAUCUUACCUGCUUACUGGAAGCAAACACACAAUUCAUAUGUCCAGCGUUUGACUGCUCUGGGCCUGUACUCGCUGGAGUUUAGAAGGAUGAGGGGGGACCACAUGGAAACUUAUCGAAUAGUGAAAGGCCUGGAUAGAGUGGAUGUGGAUAGGAUGUUCACAUUAGUGGGAGAGUCUAGGACCAGAGGCCACAGCCUCAGAAUAAAAGGACGUACCUUCAGAAAGGAGAUGAGGAGGAAUUUCUUUAGCCAGAAGGUGGUGAAUCUGUGGAAUUCAUUGCCACAGAGGGCAGUGCAGGCCGAGUCAUUGGGUAUUUUUAAAGUUAAGAUUGACGGAUCCUUCAUUAGUAUGGGUGUCAGGGGUUAUGGGGAGAAGGCAGGAGAAUGGGGUUGAGAGGAAUAGAUAGAUCAGCCAUGAGUGAAUGGCGGUGUAGACUUGAAGGGCCGAAUAGCCUAAUUCUGCUCAGACUUUGCUUGUAACGCACCAAUUUAUUCCACAAACUUCAAAGUGUGCGUGGCAAAUGAAUGGUGACAUUGGAUGCACGCCAGUCCCCAGGCAAAUGUGGACAGAGGUCGCUGGCACAGCGGGUAGAGAUACUGCCUCACAGCGCCAGAGACUCCAGGUUUGGUCCUGACCUCCGGCACUGAGAGAGCGUGUGCUUGUUUGUGCAGUUUGCACGUCACCCCCAUGGCCGUGUGGGUUUUCCCACACCCCCAAAGACUUGCGGGAAGGACCACUGUAACUUGCCAAUUGCCAGCAAAACCAAAGGGUAACUGAUGGCGUGAGAAGGAAUGGGCAAGAGGGAAAUUGGAAAGGGAGAAUGGGAGCGAUGGGGAUUAUGGAUGCUGUAAUCCAUAAUCUGCACACCGUCAGCGCCCGUGGUCAGAAUCUAACCCGCGUCUUUGGCGCUGUGUGAGGCAGCAACUCGACCCACUGCCUCACUAGAAGUUGUUUUUGUAGAAAUGCAAUCAGAAAGUUUCUAAGCCAGAAACUUCAGAUUCUUUCCGGAUUUCUCAUCAUUAAAAAUCUCACUGAAGUUUGAAAAGAUUGCAAACUUUUAAAGAAAAUUGAAAAGGAAUUUAGCAAGAAGCUUGGCCCUGACGAGCCGUGGCCGUCUCCCACCAGCAGCCUUGGAUCCCCCACUGUGGAACUGGGAGAGGGAAGCCGCUGAGCCCGGCCCCUGCUCAACCCGAAGACCGGGAACCAGAGAGGAGGGUGGAGGGAGUCGGUGACGAUGGCAGACACUGGACAAGGGACGGUAGGAAGGACUGUGGGGUCUUAUCUUCCACUCCCUCAAGGUCGGUUGCGGGAGGUGCCCCCAGGGCACGAAGGCUGAAGAUGGCCGGACGAGGAGAGGGACAUUGAUUUGCGGGAUGAUCCGCACGGAGGCGACGCCUGCAAUGGACCAAUGUGGCCAAUAUGGGACUGGGAAAUGUUACCAAACCUGGCGAUUCUUGCAUAUAGACUCAGUGGGCUGUUUCUGUGCAUUAUGUGCUUAACCGGGGAUUGUACUCGUGUGUGGCAAUAAUCUUACUGAUCUGAAGACAAAAAAAAAUCACUGUACAUCUGAUAAUUAAGGAACCUUUGAAAUUCUCUUUCCUAGCCAACGGGUAAGAAACCAACAACUACCCAUUCUGAAGCAGAUCCAUUUUUAAUCUCUUGCAAGACAAUAUACACUUAAUUCCGCUUUCAGCAGUCAGAUAUCAACAACAAAGCACAUAGGCCGUCAAAUCAUCUCUCUCUGCGCUUCUUGCUGUGCGGCAGGUUCUGAUUUCUGAAAGAUUGCAAACUUUUUUAUUAUAAUGAUAUGUAAAUGAAAUGCUGUUAUAUAAAAAUGUACGGAUGUGGAAUAUU